AUGGUAACCUAUGGAUCAUCUGAAAAAUGUACUUCAUGUCAAAAGACUGUUUAUUUAACUGAAAAGAUUGUAGUUGAAGACAAGGAAGAGAAAAAGACAUUCCACAAGGUUUGUCUAAAGUGUUCACAUUGCAAGGUUACACUCAGUCUCGGUAACUAUGCUUCAAUGAAUGGCAUUUUCUAUUGCAAGCCACACUUUAAGCAACUCUUUGCCACCAAGGGUAACUAUGACGAAGGUUUUGGCAAGGAAAAGCACACCACCAACUGGUCUGCCCAAUCUGCUGGUGCUGCUCCAUCCUCUUUUGUUCCAGUUGAGAAAUCGGCUGUUGAAAAGAAUCAAACCACUGCCAACCCAGAUGUCGCCAAGAAGUUUACUGUUGGUAGCUCUGAAAAAUGUACAUCUUGUGAAAAGACUGUCUACGCCACUGAAAAGGUUGUCCUUGAAGAAACUGAUAGUCGUAAAAUUUUCCAUAAGGCUUGUUUGAAAUGUUCAGAAUGUAAGAUUAAUCUUACAUUGGGUACCAUUUCACAAGUUGGUGGAUCUCUAUUUUGUAAGGUUCAUGGAAAGGCUCAAAACCAAUCUCAACCAAAUGACAGCAAGCCAUCAGUUGUCUCUACCGGACCAGCAUCAUUUGUUCCAGUCGAAAAGACUAGCAUUGAAAAGAACCAAACCACAUCCAACCCAGAUGUCGCCAAGAAGUUUACUGUUGGUAGUUCUGAAAAAUGUACAUCUUGUGAAAAGACUGUCUACGCCACUGAAAAGGUUGUCCUUGAAGAAAGUGACAGUCGUAAAAUUUUCCAUAAGACUUGUUUAAGAUGUUCAGAAUGUAAAGUUAUUCUUACAUUGGGUACAGUUACUCAAUCAGAUGGACAACUUUAUUGCAAGACCCAUGCCAAGCUCCCAACCAAGAGAAACGAUAACCCAUUCCCAUACUUGGAAAAGAAGGAAGCCUACGUACCAUCGGUUGAAAAGGUAGAACAAGAACAAGCUGCCGCUCAAGAAAGUGAAAUGGAACGUUACAAGAGAUUGACUGAAAUGAAAUAUGUUGAAGACGUACAACCAAAGAGACCAACUUACCAAGAACAACAAGAAAAGGUAGAACAAGAACAAGCUCAAGUUGAAGAAGAAAAGAAGGAGGAAGAAAACAAGGAGGAACAAGAGGAAGAAGAAAAGGAGGAAGAAAAGAAAGAGGAAGAACAAGUUGCUGUUCAAGAGGAAGAAAAGAAAGAGGAAGAAGAAGAAGAAAAGAAAGAGGAAGUUGCUGUUGAAGAAGAAGAAAACAAGCAAGAUGAUGAAUAA